AGCCAUUUAUAGAGAUCACUACAAUUAUACAAUAAAAUGCCUUUAAAUGUCACAGUUAUAUAUACACACACAACUUUAAAAAAAUACCUUCAAUGAAAAUACCCAAGCAUAAUACUUACUCAAUCCACCGAAUUGCAGCCAGCCAUUUCUCUUUCCUUCCAGGGUAUUUUUCAUUCGGAAACGAAUAAAACUUUGUACUUGGCGGCGCAGUAAUAUAAGUAACACUACAACCGACCACACAACAGGUACUUUUUGAAGUUUUGUGUGGCAGAAAAUUGUGGUUCAUUAUACAGAAAGAAAACAAACACCGUGUUUCACUAUGUAUCUAACCCAAUGAUGCACGUGUUUUCCCGAAAAAGUUUUCUUUGUCUGCCUACAGGUGGCGCUCAACUCAGUUCUACUAGCUCUAUAAAUCAUCAUAAAUAUAUCAAUUAAACGUUCUAAGUUCGCCUACCACCUUAUCGCAAAUAAAAAAACACAAAAACGAGGAAUUUGGAUAGGAAAAAAAUAUUCUAAAUCGUUGAAAGUUAUACUUUCGUACUCGAAUUACGAUUACGCCAUUCCGAAUACUUUACACAAAAAUGAAGACGUUAUCGUCGAUGGUUUUUGCUAUUUUACCGUGUUUAAUCAUGCAAAAUGUUGAGUCUUCGGUCACUUCUGAAUCUUUUCAAACCGAUUCGCACGAAUCUACAGUUUUUCCAACAGAUUUCUUAAGAAUUUCGAGUCUAUCCGAUAACCAAUCCACGACAGAAACUGCGAAUGAUUUUGUUACUACGAGAAACGAAGACACGACUUCCGAAUCAACAGUAGAUCCGGAAAUAAAAGAAACUGAAGAACAACUUACCAAACUGGAUUUUGAAUUGAGUAGUUAUCUGAAAGAAGAAUUAAAUCGGCUCUCGCAAAUUUUAACCAAAGGAGAUUCUAGACUCAAAAUACCAAUAUUAGAUCCAUUAAAACUGGAAGAUCAGAUAGUAAAACCUACGGUAAGUGGCGAAUCUUUCGACGUUCAUUUACGAAACAUUUGGAUCUCUCCUUUAUCUUCGUUCGUAAUUCGCGAUUUGACCAGCGAAAUUAGGGAAUCUAGAAUUCGUUUGGCUUUGUAUUUUCCUCGAUUACAAGCUAAGUGCGAUAUAGAAACAAACGGAACCCUCUUCGACAUCUUUACUAUUCACGGUAGAGGUAAUGCUACCAUACAGUUCCACGAAGUGCACGCUCGUACCAUGAUAUAUCUGACCAGGGAAGAUAACAAGUUGAAAGUCAUCAUGGCCGAUCAACCUUUCGUCGAUUUCACUACAUCUACUGUUAAAUUUCACGGUAACGACAGGGAAAGUAGAAAAAUUGUAUCCACCACCGUCGCGAGUCAAUUCGGUCCCCUGUUUUUUUGGAUGUUUUCCACUAACGUGGUGGAAAUUUUAGAUUAUUAUAUGGAUAAAUAUAUCAACGAUGCGCUUUCUAAAUUCGAUACUCCUCAAGUUUUUAACUCUUUAUCGAUUCCCAUUAGGUAUCUACGAGUACAUGUUCCACAGCAUCCCAUUCCUUAUGCCUACAUUUCUCCUGUAUAUUUUCACGAGAGAAAACCUAGUUGAUAAGUAUUAAAUCCGGCAUUGAAAGUAUUUAUUUAUCUUUAAAAAUAUUUAUAUAUUUUACUAGAUUAUUAGAGCCGCACGCAAAUGGUGUAUAUGUCAAUAGGCGUCUUUUUUUUUUUUUGUUUAUGGGGUGUUA